AUGGGCUCCUCCAGCAGUUUUGCAAAGACAAUCCUAAUUCCAGCCUCGAUUGCUCUGACGGUUUACCUUGUUUUCUCAUUCUUGGUCAUCCCAUUCUUCCGACGGUACCAUCAGCGGUAUUCCCAAUAUCUCCCUCUUCACACCAUAUCUGCACAUACACUCUCGCUCCGUGAUCGCAUGGCCGAUGCAUUGAUGCGCUUUUUCCUUCCAUCAUCAUGGCGACGAGGUGCACACUUAGCAGACCACGACAACAUCAGCAUUGAUGAAGAUGAAGGCGAGCUGAUGGUCGGCAUGGGCAUGAACGCUGCGCGAAGGGAGGCCCUUGAGCGCCGUCGGAGUACCGCAGCGGAGGCCGAAAGCCGCCUGAGUCGAGACUUGGAAGAGGGCUUUAUGGAUGACAGUGACGACGAUGAACCUGAAGGGCGAGAACACGCGGGAAAUCGACAUUGA